GUGUGUUACAGGCACCUGGUAUAAAAAAUAUUAUUUAUAAGAUCGAAGCCUGACCAUGUACAUAAGACGGGAUAUGUAUGUUCGACAUGGCAAAGGAUACCUAUUUCUAGUUCCGAUAUUUAGGGAUGUCUUCACGGAGAACUUCCAUUGCCGUGGUCGGUACAUUUGAUACCAAGCUCGACGAAUUCCUUUACCUGAGGUCUCAGAUCCUCGAGGAUGAUUCAUCGAUAAAUGUUAUUUUAAUUGAUGCGGGCCGAUCAGUUGUGCAGCAUGAGGCUGUAACUAUCAAGCAAGAUGAGGUUGCGAAGGCUAGUGGGUUCCAGGGGUUCGAGAACGACUUUAUGUCGCUCCCUCGCGGUGAUCUUGUGAAAACUAUGAUUAAGGGGGCUGUCAAAGUAGUUGGACGCCUGAAAGACCGCGAUGAGAUCCACGGUAUCAUUAGCCUCGGGGGCAGCGGAGGGACCAGUAUCGCUUCUGCUGUCAUGCGGGAGCUUCCUGUGACCUUUCCAAAGCUGAUCGUAUCCACUGUUGCCUCUGGCGAUGUAAGCUCUUAUGUCGCAGAGACCGAUAUUACCAUGAUGUAUAGCGUGGUUGACAUUGCUGGGUUGAACGAGGUACUGAAGGCGGUGGUCCAGACUGCCGCAGCAGCGAUUGUUGGUAUGGCUAAGGCAUAUGUCAAGAAACUCAAUAAUAACGGGCAUGGGGACAUCAAGACUACUAAAAAGGGAAUAGGCAUCACGAUGUUUGGCGUCACGACAAAGGGGGUAAAUGCCGCACGCAAGUGGUUAGAAUCCCACGGAUUCGAAGUCUACGUGUUUCAUGCUACGGGGUCUGGCGGUCGGUCCAUGGAACGGUUAGUUAAAGAAAAUCGACUCCAUGGCAUACUCGAUCUGACUACCACCGAGCUGGCCGAUGAGUUGGCUGGAGGCGUCUUCAGCGCGGACAGCAGUAGAUUGACAGCCGCUGCUAAAGCAGGCAUACCUCAGAUCGUCAGCGUCGGUGCCCUCGAUAUGGUGAACUUUGGACCCAAGGAUGCUGUACCAAAGAAGUUCCAGGAAAGGAGACUAAUCGAGCACAAUCCUUCGAUAACUCUAGUACGAACAACAAAGGAAGAAUGCGAGGAACUAGGGAAUAGGAUAGCACAGAGACUCAAGGAGAAUUGCAUACGGCCUGAUUUGACUGAGGUGUGGCUUCCAUUAAGGGGUGUUAGCGCUCUUGACAUAGAAGGGCAGGCCUUUUACGACACAUUGGCGGAUAAUGCCUUAUUUAAGGCUAUUAAAACUAGUCUUGAUGGAAGUGAAAUAUCAGUCAAAGAGCUUGAUACUGAUAUCAAUGACCCGAGUUGGUCGGAGAGCAUAGCUAAAAGAUUGAGUGAACUUAUCGAGCUGAAGGGGUGAAGUCACAACUUGUAGAGGGCGGUAAAGUCUGAAGACAUCCGCUACUUUCCAGGCGGAAGCGAUGCGUUGGAAGUAAAUGGGCGAGUCACACUUUAAGGACCUACUAAUAAAAAUUAUUUAUCCAUCUCCAAUUUAUUGAGCAUCCUUAACCGCCUCAGCAAGAAGUCGCUCAGCCUUCUCAGAUCUAGGUUUGAAGAUUACAUCGAGCUUGCCAGGAUGACUCGACAGGCCCGUGCUAAAUUGAAUAGUUUGUUCAAUGGGCUUUCCGUCCGGUCCAAUGGGUUUCGAUAUGUCGGUCGUAGCUAUGAGAGUCGCCAUAAUUAUCCACACAGACGCCUGUGCAAGAUGGCGUCCGACACAUACUCUAUGCCCCUGAUUAGGAACCUCCUCGUCAUAAUGCAAUAUGGCAUAUCAGGUAGGUAACUUACCUGCGACCAAAGCCAAACGGUCC